AUGUCUACCUCCAGCCAGUCCAGGGCCGCCAAUGAGUUCCGCAGUGAUACAUUCACGACUCCCACGCCAUCCAUGCUGGAGGCAAUGGCGAAUGCCACCUUUGGCGAUGACGUGUAUCAAGAAGACAAGAUGACUGCCGAUUUUCAAAACGAGAUCGCCCGAUUGACUGGAAUGGAGGAUGCUCUUUUCAUGUUAUCAGGAACCAUGGGAAAUCAGAUUGGUGUUCGUGUUCAUCUGUUUCAACCGCCUCAUUCCGUGCUUUGUGAUUAUCGGGCACAUGUCUAUGCGGAGGAGGGAUCUGGGUUGGCUGUUUUAUCCCAGGCUAUGGUGACACCGGUGCAUCCUAAGAAUGGGCUUUAUUUGACGCUGGAGGAUGUUGAGAAUUGGGUCGUUCUUGGGGACGAUAUUCACACCGCGCCCACGAAGGUCAUUUCUCUUGAAUUGACUAUCGGUGGUGUUCUCACGCCCAUCGAGGAGAUCAAGAAGAUUUCCAACUUUGCCCAUGCAAAUGAUAUCAAGGUCCACUGUGAUGGUGCUCGAUUGUGGAAUGCCUCUGCUACUACCGGUAUAUCAUUGGCGGAAUACUGUCAAUACUUCGACAGUGUUUCUAUGUGUGUAUCGAAGGGUCUUGGCGCACCCGUUGGCGGUGUUCUUGCUACCACCAAAGCAAACAUCAAGCAAGCCAGGUGGCUUCGCAAGCAGCAGGGUGGUGGUAUCCGGCAGGCUGGUGUUUUGACAGCUGCUGCCAUGGUUGCACUGAAAGAAGUGUGGCCAACCAUGAAGGAAACGCAUGCCAAGACGAAGAGACUUGAGGAGGACCUAAAGACUAUGGGGGUGGUGCCGCAAAUCCCGGUUGACACGAACUUUUUCUUCAUUGACGCCGAGAAGUCUAAUAUCGACAUGGGCAUUCUGCUUGAGCAAUGCCAAAAGUUCAAUGUCAAGCUGCAAGAUGCGCGGAUUUCUAUGCAUCAUCAGGUCAGCGAUGAGGCGAUUGAGAAUCUCAAGUCUGCUAUCGCUGAAGCGUUGAUCUUAACCAAGAACUUGCCGCCUGGAUAUGCUUCCAAGAUCAAAUCAGCUGGGUACGGCACAUCUUCGAGAAUGAAUGAGUAUAAUUAG